AGGGGGGGAAUGGUACGUGGAGGUCAGGGUGGACAUCACAUUCGACUUCCCCUCUAUUUCAAGGUAUCUGAAACACAACGACUUUACUGGCUGAGCUUCAGUAAUUGCAUAUCAGCGUCAAUACUGCCCUAGCUUUUGCUUUAAAGACUACCAUUUCCGUUUCGUGGCGUUGGAAGAAAACCCUACUCCGCCCGACUCAGCGCUAACUUGGCAACUUCUUCCGACAAAAGAGCAAAAGUUCAACUAUCCGACUCUACAAUUCACAACCAAAAAUGCAUGACGAACGGCAAAGUUAUUUUGUCACGACGAAAAAGGGAAAUGCCUGCGUUUUGUGGAAAGAAUAAAUACUGGUGGACUCUAGAAUCGUUUCAGAAUCCAAAACGACGGAAAGACACUAUAAAGAGAAUAGAACUGAGCGUCGAAAAUGAAUCAAGUGAUAUCACUAUGUACUGUGUUAGUCAUUUGCCAGUCAUGGACUGGUAGAGCAGCAAUAGUCCCAGGAAUAAUGGAUUUAUUAAACAUAGACGUUACGACCCUUCCUACGGUGGUUAAUACGUGGCCUCCAACUAAACCUGGACAAGUCAAUUCCCCUCCAUGUACUAAGACGAAGUACGGAUGUUGUAGAGAUUGGCAUACACCAUCACCAGGCCCUAAUGAAGAGGGAUGUGCAAAGAAGUUAUGUUACGAUGACUUCCCAGGAGAUUGUUUGAUAAAAAAGAUGACCAAGACAUUGGAUUGCACGCCGGGAGGAUAUGACUUCAAACACUGUACAUAUAGAUGUGGAGUAUGCAAACUCCCAGCUUCGCCAAUAUCAAGAUGUCAGAGACUCAAUCCAGCAUCUGGGUGUUGUUGGGAUGGUACAAUUCCUCUAGACCGGUAUGGAAGUGGAUGUCAACCAUGUGAAGAUCUUUUCCCUCAUACGUGCCAGCAGUUUGUUCACGUGUCAGGGGGUUGUGAUUCAGGGUCUCUUGGUAUUAGAAACUUCAUGAUGACAAAAUGUCCCAAAACAUGUGGACUAUGUGUUUACGGCUUGUAGACUACCAUUAAUGACUCGUAAAAAGCUAUUUUCCUGCCGCCUGACUAACAAUCAUUGUUCUCUCUUUGGAAGAUAACAUAUAACAUGUGCACUUCAAGCAGUAUCACGGCCAUGAUGUCGUGAAGUACUAGUCAGAUUUAUAGAGAUAUAGGGCUUUUAUGUAGACAGACGUCGAGUAAACACACGACAUCCCUGGAAUGGUAAAAAAAUCUAACAAUAUGUUCCUUAGCUGGCAUUGCACUGAUGUACAUCAGUGUAGAUGCUGGAUGAUGCGGCCAUGUUUUUAGGGAUUUCACCUAAAUCUUGGUCAUCAAUGCUCCGUCCUUUCAGAAAAUCACGUAUAAGUAGGUCAUCUUUUAGUUUCAAGUCCAAAGAGAUUAAUAGUAAACCCUUUGACCAUUUUCACACGACACAGUUAGUACGACUAAAUCUUGAAGUAAUCCUCGUCACGAGUGUCUUAAUGGGAUCAAUUACUCCCUUUCGUGCAAGUUUAAAAAGCCAUUAAACUUUUGAACCAGCUUACUAAAGCUUGAUUCUAGAAGUCUCAA